AUGGGUGUGGAGGGCCACACACCAGGCCAGGGCAGUAGGUGCUCAGAACACAGCCGCCUAGAAGCAGGGUACCAGGAAGCCACACCAGCCUUCAGAGCCCUGGCUCUCCUGGGGCUGACGUUGAGUUCACAUCAGCUGGCUCUGGUCUACAGCACGCUGGGGCUCUGCCUGUGCACCAUCCUUUGCCGCUUCCUGGUGACAGUGGCCUGCUUCCUCAAGAAGAGGGGGGAUCCCUGCUCCUGCCAGUCCCACUCAAGGCCCUGUCAAAGUCCGGCCAAGUCUCCCCAUGAUCACGAGAUGGAAGCCAGCAGCCCUGUGGGCACAUCACCUAAGCCAGUGGAGACCUGCAGCUUCUGCUACCCUGAGCAUAGGACGCCCACCCAGGAGAGCGCGGUCAUACCUGGGACCCUCAACCCCGUGGGUGAUGGAAGGUGGAGGCAUCCUGUGAGGAUACCCUGA